CGUCACCGGGCGCCACACACACGGAGCGAGUCCGUGGAUGGUGGGCGGAAGAAUCGAGGGAGAGUAGACUGAGGCGGAGAAUGGAUGCGGCAGCAGGAGCGACAAGGAGAGUUUGCGUGACUGGCGCCGGUGGUUUCAUCGCCUCGUGGCUGGUGAAGCUUCUCCUCUCUAAGGGCUACAUCGUCCAUGGCACAGUGCGAGACCUAGGUGAUAAAAAAAAUGCACACCUGAAGGAGUUGGAGAAUGCUUCUGCAAAUCUGCAAUUAUUUAAGGCAGACAUGUUAGACUAUGAUUCUGUACGAUCAGCAAUAGCUGGAUGUGAAGGAGUCUUCCAUGUUGCUUGCCCUGUUCCCUCAACGAGAUCACUCAAUCCAGAUGUGGAGGUUAUUGCUCCUGCUGUCGGAGGCACUGUGAAUGUACUGAAGGCAAGCUCUGAGGCCAAAGUUAAGCGUGUUGUAGUGGUAUCAUCAAUUGUUGCUGUGACAGUCAACCCUAAUUGGCCACGUGGUAAGAUCAAGGAUGAGAGUUGCUGGUCAGAUGCAGAACAUUGUCGUAAAUCUCAGGAUUGGUAUUAUCUUUCAAAAACACUUGCGGAGCAUGAGGCACUGGAUUAUGCAGAGAAGCAUGAACUCGACGUCGUUACAGUUGGCCCGUCUCUGGUUGUUGGACCAUUGCUCCAUUCCACUCUGAAUUCAUCAAGCUUGUAUCUCAUCAAUCUCAUAAAAGGUGUUCGUCGAACUGCAGAGAAUCGAGACAUCUAUCUUGUGGAUGUUCGUGAUGUAGCCGACGCAUUGCUGCUGGUGUACAAGGAGUCAAAGGCAGCCGGACGACACAUUUGUGCAUCUCAUUCUUUGAAACUCCGCGACUUGGUGGAUGUUCUCAAGAGAUUAUAUCCCAACUACAAAUAUAUUGAAAAUUUUACAGAGGUAGAGGAAAGUAGUGUGGUGCGUUCCGAGAAGUUGAAGAACUUAGGGUGGAAUCACAGGACGCUAGAGGAGACCCUUGUCGACAGCAUCAAGUACUAUCAGGAUGCAGGUCUUCUUCACGAAGCGUAAAUCACAUCAUUUCCUUCCUCGCAAUCGAGCCACUCAUGUUUGUCGAUCUGUUUCCCUUGCUAAAUGCUAUGCGACCAAUAGAUGCGUGUGAAGUUUGAUCGAUUGGCCAGAACACUCAGCAUGAAAUCUAUCAUUUGAAUGUAACUGCCGUUUACAUGAUUUGAUUUUACAGGCAAAUACUGCUUGUAAAUCUCCUCAUGUUACAGCUAACUAAACAGGUACUGAAUAAAGAUGAGGAAGCUUUUUGUAA